UCUCUGUCAUCCUCUGUAGCAGACAGAAAACAGAUGUCCGAUCUCAAUACCAACAAAUGUCAUCGAUCGUUCUGACUUCUAAAGGAAAAAUUCGAAUACAUGGGUGCGUCGUGGUCAAAUAAAAGCUCUUGGUUCGGUUCGAAUAGCCCGACUAAAGACGGGAAAGUUUCUUCACCAAAUGGACAAUACUUGAAACAACCAAAACUAGAUCCUCGUAGACUUGCAUCGCAGUUUGUGUACACAAGAAAAGGCUCCAUGUAUUUUGACGAGGAUGGUGAUCUAGCUCAUGAAUUUUAUGAAGAAAUAAAAGUGGAUGACUCACAAAAAACAACUAUGAGACAAAAGCUAGCUAAUUUGAGACCUCAGGGCACAGUUUACUACCCUAAUCCAAGGCUACAUGUUGACUUUCCAAUACCAAUGUAUUCCCCCAUAGAAAAGUAAUCCUCUUGACUUGUAAAUAAGCAAAAAUUGGCUUGUUUUGUGUUGUGUCUUCAACCAUAUUAUUGAUAUAUUAUGAAAUGUGUGAUUCACCUCAAUUUACAGUGGACAGGGAAAAUUUUUCUCCAUUGAAAUCUCUCAGUCAUGUUUGGUGCACAUACAAACUGCUGUAGCAGCUCUUACAAUCAUGUUCAGAACUGUGGAUGUAGCUGUGUUGUGGCAAAUAAUUAGGUUCCUCUGAAUGAAGAGAACAAUAGGUA